CUUUUUAAACCUUGUAAAUAACGAAAGAGGCAUCUAUAAAAAAAUAAAACAUCUAUACUAUAAAAGGCCAUUAAAUCUAUUACUUAAUUUUCUUAAUUAAUUAAAGAAUUAAGAAAUUUCGUUCGAAACAAACCCAAGGAAUGAAAAUGAAUGAAUACAAACAAAUAAACCAUUAGGGGGAGGAGUAAUAAGGAACGUCGCGAAGCGCGUUAGAUGGGAAUUCCUGGGCAAGAAGCCAUCUAAGAAGUCGAUUUUACGAUUAAGCCGCGCGUUUGAUUCGAAUUGCUACCAAGCUUCUCCGUUCGGCUCGACGCUCAGCAGAAAUAUACUUUGCGACAGAAAUAAAACGUGAAUAAACAACAACAAAAAAAGGAGGAUAUUGGCGUAGUAACCACACUGAUUUGAGUCAUUACUGUCUGGUAAUGUUCAAGAAACCGCCUUGACGGCCGCCGCUUUAUCUAUAGACGUUCUCAUAUAAGAGAGCCAUCGCAGUGGAUCAUCAUCAUCUUGCGCCGACGAACUCAAAGUGAACACAACUAUUCGCUUUUAUUGAACGUCUCUCGGUUUAGAUCGAAAUCAAAGUGUAUUGAAAGAGAAAUUAAAAAAGGAAGGAAAAAUAAACAUUCAAAAUGAAUGAAGUGUGUUUAGUGAGUUUAGUUCUCAUUAUGAUUAUUGGUAGCUCGUACGGAAAUUCUUUGGAUACAAGAGGGCAAACGAAGAAGUUCCAAAAUUCUCUUAACCAACAGAAUUUACAAACACUUUUAACAUCAAUAGAAGAAAGAUUAAGAAAUUUAGACAGCGUAUACUCCACGCAAUAUUCGCCAAGUGUAGAGGGUCGAUUGGCUCAUUUCGGUCGAAAAUUAGAAGGGAUAGAAGCGAAAAUAACAAGAUUAGAGACCAUCUUGUCAAAUGAAAUGGAAAAGCUCCUCGAAACGAUAAACGGAAGGCGCUUUAAAGAUGAUAUCGCCAACGACCACGUAAUUAGAAAGAUAGACAACGCCUACGAACGUUUGAGUCAUAGAAUGGUGUACAACGAAGGUAAAAUUGAUAUGAGCGAAAAGAAACUGGAGAAUAAACUUAACACCAUCCUUAGUAAAUUAGAUAAAUUAGAGGAUAAUUUAAUGGUUAGAGAAUCAGAUAUGCAAGAAGAAUUAUCUGAAGUUUUUACUUCCAUUGAGGAAGUUAAAACGCAAUCGGAUAAUGUUUUAGAAAAAUUAGAAAAUGUAACAAGAAGUUUUUCGAAGAACUCUGCAAGAUCGUUUGAUGAAAAUACAGAAGAUUUUGGAAAAGAUAUAAAAAAACAACUUGAAAUAAUAACCGAGAAGAUGGUUAAUUUCCAUGAAUAUUCAUGGGGCACGCACAGUCGAAUAGAAAAUUAUGUAAGAAGCAUUGGUUUAGUAACAAAUCAGAGUCGAUAUGAAGUUCAAAGUGGUUUAAGAGCGUUAACAAUAGAAGUUGGUCGAAUGGCUGGAAAUCAUCACUUAGUUGAUAAUUCGAAAGGUAGAGAAAAAUUAGAAGAAUUAGAAAAGAAAAUGGAUAAUAACUUUAACAGCGUAAUGUCGGCGCAAAACACCUUUCUAGAAAGCUGUUAUAGAGUGCAAAAAGAUGAAGCCCAACUAGAAUCGAAAAUUGGCGAAGUUCUUGAGAAAUUAUUAGAAACUUUUUCAGAAAAAACAGUUGUUGAACCAAAAGAUGUAAGAAGAAUAGAACAAAUUUUAAAAAACCACGACCAAUACAUGAGAAAAUCAACAGUCGAUACAAUAAAAACCGUCGCUUCAUUACUUCAGAAAGACUACAACUUCGAGAAAAAGUUUGACAACACCCUAUCCGCAAUAACAAGCAGUUUAGAAACGUUACAAAACUCGAUAAACGAGCAAAACACCGACGACUCGUUCGACGAAAAACUCGAGGAGAUAAUAGCGUCGUUAAAAGACUUACAAAGCCUAUCCAUCGACAUUAACACCAACGUUAAAACGAACGUGCGAGAAACUUUUCCGAACGCCCAAGAAAUAAAAUCACUCAUUGACAAUUUAAAAUUGCAAUCAAAGGAGGAAAUGAUCAAAGAAAAUUUCGAGGGUUUAAAUCGCAUUUUGGAGGACAUCAGAUAUAAAAUAAUCGUUUCUAUGAAUCAAAUGGAAACGAAACAUCCCCAGAUCUUUAAUAACACAAAUUUAAUCAUUUUUAAUGACACCAAGGUUCCAGUUAAUUGCCUUGAUCUUCCGAUCGAUGUACGAUAUCGUUUAAAUUGUAUUAACACCACGGGAAUAGAUUCGAUCGUUUUUCCUAAUGAUUCAAAUAACACCUCGAUUAAUUGCUUAGAUUUACCGAUUGAUGUACGAACAUCAAUUAAUUGUACUAAUGGAAAUGAUGGAGAUGUUAAUCCAUUAAAUGGUACACAAGAAAAUAUUAAUCAAGGAAACGUAUCUGAAGAAAACGUUACUCAAGGAAAUGUAAUUCAAGACAAUCUUCCUGAAGAAAACAUAACGCGAAAUCCUAGAAUUGAUCAAUUAAUUAAUGAUAUUUUUUUGAGAAAUUUUACAAUUUCCACAAAUAUUACUGAUUUAGCUACAACAUUAAUCAAUAAUUCUACAGAUAAUGUAAAUAAUGUUAAUAUAACCAAAACGAAUUAAAAAUUUUAUUUACUAAUAUUGUUUAUUAAAAGUGAUUUAUUCUGUAAUUAAAUGUUGUGUUGCAAAA